AUGGCAAUGAAUAUGCGGAUGGGAUGGUACGGUGGUGGCAUUGAUGCACCAGCAGCUUCAGGCAGUGGCAACGACAACAGGGACAAUGUAAACACCACACCCAGAAGCACCGGCUUGAUCAACCGGCACGUGUUCAAUCUUGGUCAAUUUGUCAAUUUGGACAAUCGCAGAAGUUAUUUAUUUCAUAAUAAUUCACUGGCAAACGAUUCUUUCGCGAAAUCAAUAUCUUUUACGGACUUUGAUUUCCUGCACACUCACAAGUCAUGCGCUCGUUUUGGCGAGACCAACGAUCGAUCAGAACAGCUGUACCACGUAGUUGAGAGCUCACGCAGCAAAAGCGUUGGUGACAGGUUCAUACCACGCAGAAAUAGAGUGAACAAUGACUUGUCGCAUUACCGCAUCAUAUACGAAAAGGAAAAAGACAAAGACGCCGGAAUUUUGGACGUUUUUGCAGGGGUGAAAAAGGCGACGCAGCACUGGCGGAAAAAGCUCAUGGACAGUGCUUUCAAGGUCUUGGGCAUCUUCAACGAGUUGCGAAGCAACCGGAUCCUCGAUAUCGGCCUACAGUCGACUAUGGAUGCUAAAAGCCAUAAAAAGUGGGAAUUGAACGACUGUGGAUGGGACUGUCGACCGAGAAAGCAGCCGCUCCUUAUUAUUAAGGGGGAUAACUCGAGGCAUUAUCGCGAUUACGGAGCUCAAAUAUUUCACAUCGCACUGUCAAUAAAAUUUAAAAACCUUAUCGACUUUGGUCCGAAUAAUUUUGUUGUCCUCGGCCUGGCCGAUCAUUUUUACAUUAGCGAUCCGAAAAACUCCUACAAAAUCAAGUACAAAUCGUAUUUAUGCUGUGUGAAAUGGAAUCCAAAAGGCACGCAAGUAGCCGUAAGUGGCAUGGAUGGAAGUACGAGCUUGUACGACAAAACUGAAAGUAAAAUCAUUUGGUCGAGAAAAUGCGGGGGUUGCGAAGAAAUGCUUCACGGUUUGUGCAAAGUCACUUGUAUGGAGUGGAUGAAAAAGAACAAGUUGAUCAUCACUGGUUGUGACAAGGGUUACAUAAGCGUGGUGAGCUCGAGGGCUGGUUACCUGAUUGCCUCGGCACAUUUUGAGAGAGAAAUACUCGCAAUUUCCGUGUCACCGACCGAACAGUACGUGGCUGCGAGCGUAAACAACAAGCGCGUCAAGCUUUUUACCUACCCCAACCUCGUGCUGGCUUUCGAGAUUGAAUUCCACGCUAGCAUCAAGGCCAUGGCCUGGCACCCGUGGCGAAGAAACGUCCUGUGCGUCGGCGGUGGGCCAGGCGAUGGCUCGCUCUCCCUCUGGAACGUCAGCAGCCGGCGUCAGCUCGGCUACCGCAAAGUCAAGUUCGUCGGGUCUGUCGACUGCAUGAUGUUCAACAAACUAAGUGGCGAGCUCGUCGUGCACUGGUACUACCUCGACGGCCGGCGAUUGCGCUCCAAGAUAGUCGUGCUGGCCAGCCUUGACGAGAUUGUCGACGCAUUCCCGAUUCAUCCGGAGCACCGGAUGCUCAACAUCGUGUGGACUCCUGACCACACCAAACUAGGUAUGCAGUAUCGCGAUACCCUGGUUAUUUGGAAUUUUUUUGGCGAUGAUUCGGAUAAGUGGAGUCGAAAAAACAACGGCGAGUGCCAUCACAGAGGAGAAGCAGAGCAUAGUCUACUCGAUAAUUGUCUCAAGAGUCCAACAAUGUCCGUUGCGCCGAGUACUUCUAGCCUAGCACAUACCGGAUUUGGAAGUUUUAGCUAUUACACUGUUCGAUGA